CGGGUUUGAGAGGGUGGAGCUUGCGACUUGCACGCCCCAGGCUCCGGUUGUCCUUUCCUAACUCCACUGGCUGCCGCAUCUGUGGGAAAAGUGUGGUUGGGUCUUUGAGGAGCCGCACCAAUGGCCUCCGUGCUGUCCUACGAAAGCCUGGUCCACGCCGUGGCCGGAGCCGUGUGCUAUUUGCAAUAGAAAAGAUGUGGAAUCAAUGCUGAUCUACAGAUGAAUGGAUAAGAAAAAUGGAAGCGUGACAGCAAUGACAGUGUUUUUUCCCCUGGAUACAGCUAGACUUCGACUUCAGGUUGAUGAGAAAAGAAAAUCCAAAACUACACACAUGGUGCUCCUGGAGAUCAUUAAAGAAGAAGGACUCCUGGCACCAUAUCGAGGGUGGUUUCCAGUGAUUUCCAGUCUCUGCUGCUCCAAUUUUGUCUAUUUCUACACUUUUAAUAGCCUCAAAGCAGUCUGGGUCAAAGGUCAACGUUCUACCACUGGAAAAGAUCUGGUAGUUGGGUUUGUUGCAGGAGUAGUUAACGUGUUGCUAACAACUCCACUCUGGGUGGUAAACACCAGACUGAAGCUGCAGGGGGCAAAAUUCAGGAAUGAAGACAUUGUACCAACGAACUACAGAGGUAUCAUUGAUGCUUUUCAUCAGAUCAUUCGAGAUGAAGGAAUCUCGGCUUUAUGGAAUGGCACAUUUCCCUCAUUGCUGUUGGUCUUCAAUCCUGCCAUCCAGUUCAUGUUCUAUGAAGGUUUAAAACGGCAGCUUUUAAAGAAACGGAUGAAGCUUUCUUCCUUGGAUGUGUUCAUCAUUGGUGCAGUAGCCAAAGCGAUUGCCACCACGCUCACGUAUCCCAUGCAGACGGUACAGUCAGUUCUGAGGUUUGGGCGUCAUAGACUAAACCCAGAAAACAGAACAUUGGGAAGUCUUCGGAAUAUUCUCUAUCUUCUUCACCAACGAGUAAGGCGUUUUGGAAUACUGGGACUCUACAAAGGCCUGGAAGCCAAACUGCUGCAGACAGUCCUCACUGCUGCUCUCAUGUUCCUUGUUUAUGAGAAACUGACAGCUGCCACCUUCACAGUUAUGGGGCUGAAGCGUGCACACACACACUGAGACGCCUUCCCAUGAAAAAUUCCGAAGAUACUCAAGAGGGAGGUUUCCUCGUGACUAAAGAGAAGUGAUUCUCCUUUGACUCUGGUUCCUGCUAUGAUAAAUGUUACCCUCAUUGGCUUGAAAAGCAUCCAAGUGUGUACAGGGAGUAUGGCCAACUGGACCUGUUGUCACCUUAAUUGUCAUGCUGACUGGUUGGAUUUUGGGGUGGCGGUUGGACUAAUAUGAAAAAAAAAUUGUUGAAAACCUAAAAAUGAAAGUUUGUGAGUGUGUAUUGGUUUUCUUAAGAGAAAUGGACUAUUUUGCUCUCAUGUGUAAUAUUUUCUAUUUAAAUUUUUCUUAAAUAUACCAGCUGUUUUCUUCCCCUGAACUCCCCCAGGUUCUAGGACAAAUUUAAUAACAUGUAAUUCUCCUCAAAUACUUUUGUAUGUCUCAGUGUUGGCGUUUUCCUCCCUAAAACUAACAUUAAGGCUGUGCCACAGGCAUGACUUGAUUUUUGUUGGGCUUUUGUUUUCCUGCUUAAGGAGAGGUGUCUUUUUAGGAUAUGAGCAAUUUAUUUUGUGAAAUGAAAAUUGUUCAUCCAAAAUGAUUCUCUUAUAAACUAUUGGUAAAUGUCACGUAUUCAUUAGUGUUUGACAUAAUUUUUAGAAUAUUUAUUUUGAAUCAAUCCUUUCAUUAUAAAAGACUUGAAGUUUUGUGUCCAUCCUUACAAGCCCUGGUCAGUCAAGUCCCAAUAAAUAGUCAGCACAAAAAAGA